AUGGCCGAUCAAACUAUUCGAAAGCUGGCAGUCUUCCGGGCCCCAGGGUAUCCGUACCAAGACGACAAGCUCACGGCUGGCCAGACUGGCGUCUGGUCGGACAUUAUCGAUACCUGGAUGACUGAGGAGAUCAACGCCGAGUAUCGCGACGACGACGGCAACAUGCACCCUCUGCCUGGGCCGAGGAAGCGCGGCUGCGAUGGCAAGCCGAGAACAAAGCUGAAGCAGUUCUUCAACGGCCGCAUCACUCCGUACAAUGUUGGCCAGAAGCCUACUCCCAUCACCUGGAUCGGAUUCCCUCGACUGAUCCAGAAAGAAACCAACACGGACCAAGAGCGGUGGAAGGAGGCGGAUGCUCACCGCGACCGCCAGGACGAGUAUCUCGAGUGGACGGUCAAGAGGGACGAGGACGGGAGGAUCCUGUCUGUGACGUUUACCUGCGAAGGCCCUGAGUACUGGGCCUUCUUGGCAGAGUACGCUCCCAAGAAGAUGUUCGCCAUGUACCAGAGCUGCAACCCCGAGUUUGCCAGCCAGAUGAAGCAGGAGGACCUGUUUGACAGCAAUGGCAAAUACGAGCCAUACAACAAGUGGAACGGCGUCGUGAGGAGCGACCCCAACAGCGCAGACGACCUGAUCACGACCAACCCGGGCUGCAUCAUGCACCUGGCGCAGAAGAACAACACGCUGAGCGCCGAGAUUGACAUUGCUGCCCAGGGCACCGUGAUCCGCAAGAGGGAUGACGGGACGAUUAUAUCUGACCCGGUUGAGCUGUGCAACUGCUCGGCGUAUGGAAACCCGACGCGCAACUCUGAUCCCAAGCACGGCCAGAUUGGCUCGAUGAUCAACUCGCUGGUGGUCAAGGGCGCCAAGGUGUCGAUUGCCGACCCGGUGGCCAUCUACAUGCGCGAGUUUGCCGCGUCCAAGUUCCUGCUGGACGUGGACGGCACGGGCGAGAACCUGCAGCCGGUGCCCGCGGGCACCUUUACGUGGGUGCGCGGCGACAUCAAGAAGUACAUGGGCCUGCGGCUGCACAUCCAGGUGCCCGACGGCGUCGUGGGCACGGACGGCAACGCAGGGCGGCAGCUGACGGUGAGCGACCUGGUGGACACGAGCAACAGCCAGAACGUGCUGUACGGCGCCCAGUUUGCCGACUACAUCACGAUGAGCGUCAACGGGGUGGUGAUUCCUGGUGGCGAGCCGGAGCCGGCGCAGGAGUGUCCCUGCAAGUGCAAGACGGAGGCCAAUGGAGAUGCCGAGGCUGUGUCGACGACGACGACGACGACGACGACGACGACGACGAUGGCUUCAUCUGAUGGCAUGGGGCGAUUCCAGGGACGGAUGCGAGUGUAA